AUGCUUAGGGAGGACUAUAGCUCAGAAUACUCAAAACCUGUCAAUAUACCCGCGGGUGCUCGAAUCCAACAACAACCUACCGAACCAUCAUAUCAUCGACAUGCUCACAUGCACACUCGCGAAGAGGUUGGCAUGGCUGUUGAGACUGCACAGGAUCUUGAAGCAUCCUUUGCGUGGGCACCUCCACUCUCGACUGAGCCUCGCGAUGCAUAUGACUUGCUUGCUGGUCCAGAGAGUAUCUCGCCUGACGACAUUGCUGCUGAAUUUGCAGCUCUCAAGGAGUUGAAAAGGACUGAGGAAGUUCAGAACAUUAACGAAGUUGAAGUGCUCGAGGGAAAUGCUUUUGAUUUUGACGAGUUGGAUCGGGUCGAACAAGGAAUAAUACCACAGACUAUUCUAGAUGAGGUUGAGGUGGUUUAUCACAAUGACGAGGACGACGGAUGGGACGAGGCAACAUUGAUAUCAUCAUUAGGGAUGUCAUAUAGCCUAGAUCUCUGA